UUUUUGCAAGGGGAAAAGACACUGCUUUUGAGGGGGAUCUAAUUUCUAAAAGUCGCUCUUUGCCCAGCGAAUAGUUUGUUUUUAACGCCCCCCUCUCAAUUCCUGCGACGAACCGGGCCUCCCACUCCUUGUGCGGCACCAAAGGCAGCGCGGAAUUUUGGACAGGAGAGGACUAUCUCGAGGACGAGGCGAGAAUCUAAACGUUUUAGAGCUUUUUUUUUUGCUAGUGAUCCGCAGUGUGUGUACACAAGUAUUGUUUUGGUUGCGGAGGGUGAGUGGACAGCGGCGAGGGUCUUGCCCUGCUGCCUAAUUUGUUGCCUGGACCCCUUCCAACGUGGAUACAACACGGCCUUGUGGAUGCACUUAGAUGUCUGCAAUGACUGCUGCGGCCGGCAUGCCCCAGUGUUUCGGACUGCCAUUCUCUGGACUCAGUAGGACAAGAACUGAUCAGCAGAGAACGUCAUGAGCAUAGUCAUCCCCGCGGGGGUGGACACAGCAGCAGACGCCUCGUACCUGGACAUGGCGGCGGGCUCGGAACCCGAGUCGGUGGAGGCCAGCCCCGUGGUGGUAGAAAAGUCCAGCUACCCGCACCAGAUCUACAGCAGCAGCUCUCACCAUUCCCACAGUUACAUCGGCCUGCCUUAUGCCGACCAUAACUAUGGGGCGCGGCCCCCGCCCACGCCGCCGGCCUCGCCUCCCCCUUCCAUGUUGAUCCGUCAGGGCGAUGGGGGGUUGUUUGUUCCGGGCGGCCAGGAUGAAGCAUCCACGGGCACCACGCUCAGCACCUCCGAGGAUGGCAGCUACGGGGCCGACAUCACCCGCUGCAUCUGCGGCUUCACGCACGACGACGGCUACAUGAUCUGCUGCGACAAGUGCAGCGCCUGGCAGCACAUCGACUGCAUGGGCAUCGACAGGCAGAACAUUCCUGAGACAUACCUUUGCGAGCGGUGCCAGCCGAGACACCUGGACCGGGAGAGGGCCAUCCUUCUGCAGACGAGGAAGCGGGAAUGUUUGUCAGACGGGGACACCAGCGCGACGGAGAGUGGGGAUGAGGUGCCUCUGGAGCUCUACUCCACUUUCCAGCACACGCCCACCACCAUCACCCUCACCACCGGGCGCCUGGGCAACAAGCAGGUGGACAAGAAGCGCAAGAAGAGCGGCGAAAAGGAACCCCCGGCAUCUUCGGCACGAGCCAAGAAGGCCUUCCGAGAGGGCUCCAGAAAGUCCUCCAGAGUGAAGGGCGCCGCCCCGGAGCAGGAGCCAACGGAGCACCCGGCUCUGUGGGAGAACAAGAUCAAGACGUGGAUGGAGCGCUACGAGGAGGCCAGCAGCAAUCAGUACAGCGAGGACGUGCAGGUGCUGCUGCGCGUCAAGGAGCAAGGCGACGGCAAGAGCCUGGCUUACAACACGCACCCGGCCUCUUUCAAGCCCCCAGUGGAGAGUCAAGUUCAAAAGAACAAGAAAAUCCUCAAGGCCGUCAGAGACUUGGCCCCCGAUUCCCUCAUCAUCGAGUACAGGGGCAAGUUUAUGCUUCGGCAGCAGUUUGAAGCCAACGGAUACUUCUUCAAGAGACCUUACCCCUUUGUGUUAUUUUACUCCAAAUUUGAUGGUCUGGAGAUGUGCGUGGACGCGCGCAGCUUUGGCAACGAGGCGCGCUUCAUCCGCCGAUCCUGCACCCCCAACGCAGAGGUGCGGCACGUCAUCGAGGACGCCAUGUUACACUUGUACAUCUACUCAUUAAGGCCCAUCACCAAAGGCACGGAGAUCACCAUCGGUUUUGAUUACGACUUCGGCAGCUGUAAAUACAAGGUGGACUGUGCCUGCGUGAAGGGCAACCCGGAGUGUCCCGUUCUCAAGCAUAAUCUGGAGCCCACCGAGAACCUGGGCUCCGGCGCGCGGCGGCGGAACAGCCGCAAGGACAAGGACCCGGGCCGGGAAGACCUGAGCCAGAACCAAAACAUUGGCGUGGAUUGCGAGGGCAAGGGCAAGAGCGUGGGCGACUGUAAGCAGAGGAAACUGUCACCCCUCCGACUCUCCAUCUCAAACAAUCAGGAUCCCGACUUAUUUGAGGAUCUAGAAGACAAAACGUCCGUUAGCAAUGAAGUAGAGAUGGAGUCAGAGGAACAGAUUGCAGAGAGAAGGAAGAAGAUGACGCGAGAGGAGCGGAAGAUGGAGGCCAUCCUGCAGGCCUUCGCACGAAUGGAGAAGCGGGAGAAGCGGCGCGAGCAAGCGCUGGAACGUAUCGGCAGCGUCAAGCCCGAGCUCGGGGGUCGCAGCGACAUCAAGGAGGAGCCGCCGGCCACUCCGGAGACGGCGGACUCCCCUUCUGUCAUACAGCCGCCUCUUCUCGAGGUAAAAGAGGAGCCGGGGUUGAAGCCGGCUAAGGUCAAAGGCUCGCGGAACAGGAAAAGCUUUUCCAGGAACCGCACGCACAUCGGCCAGCAGCGGCGGCGAGCUCGCACCAUCAGCACCUGCUCCGACUUGGCCCCGGGCUCUCCGGUGGAGCCCGUUGAGCCUCUGAGCAGCGAACCCCUCGAAGGGGAGGCGCCCAUCGCGCCGGAGCCAGAGGCCGUCGCCGCCCAGCCGCCGGACGCCAGCCCCCCGCAGAGCAACUCUCCCGCCCCCGACCGAAACCGCACCGGGAGCAAGAGUUUCAAAACGAAAAAGCACUUUGUCAGCGAAUGGGUGGGCGAGAAACAGCCGGAUCGUUUGGCGGCACGCACCCCGGAGCCGGCGCCGGAGCGACCGCUGCGGAUCAGCAGCGACCCCGAAGUCCUGGCCACCCAGCUCAACGCCCUUCCGGGCCUGGCCUGCUCGCCGCAGGUGUACAGCACGCCCAAGCACUACGUCCGCUUCUCCUCGCCUUUCCUUGCCAACCGCAGCCCCACCGCCCCCGGCGUUCCCACCGGGAGACGGCGUUCCAGAGAACUGCCCGAAACACCCCCGACCACCGGGUCCUGCAAGAAGCGAUGGUUAAAGCAGGCGCUCGAAGAGGAGGGAUCCACCAGUCCGGCCAGAAGAUCCAGUCUCUUUAUGCCCAGCGAGGGUCCUCUCAGUCCCUCCAUUAACGGAGACUCGGACAGCCCCCUUCCCUACAACGGCUCCUGCUCACUGCCCGAGUUGCCCACGCCUUUGAAGAAGCGCCGCUUGAGCCCUCUCGACGCCUGCAUGUCGGAGAGCUCCACGCCCUACGCCUCCCCUUGUGCCACGCCCACCCGGGCCGACCCGACGGAAACGUCUGCGCCGCCCGUGCUGACGGCCACGCCGCCGCGGCCCCGAACUGAGGAGUCUGGAGCGGAGCACGUCGCCGGCACGCCAACACAAACACUUACUCCACCGCGGGAGAGCGAAUGUUCAACGGAAAGCUCGCCUGACGUCAGCAUGAAAGCAAAUUUAUUCGAGGUUGGCAACCUGCCAGACCGUCCUCCUUCGUUGAUCCCGUCUCCCUCCAUUUGGACGCCGUGCUCCGACGGCCUCCCGCCCGACGCCAAGACGUCAGUACUUGAGAGUCCGCAGCCGCCCACCGUUAUCGAGUGCGCGGACUUGGCGGAGGACCGGCCGGACCUUGUGACGGCGGAGGGCGCCGGCGGCGGCGAGGCUUCCUCCUCUGCCGAAACGUGUGCUUCCUCCUCCUUCCCGGGCUGGAUCAAGAGCCCGGAGAGGUGCCCGGCGACACCGGCCGGCCUCAGCUUCUCUCCCGUCAACUCCAACCUAAGGGACCUCACCCCGUCGCACACCUUGGAGCCCCUGCAGGCUUCUUUCAGACCUGAAGCUGCAAUGGGACCUGCGGUGGCAGCACCGGCCACCCAGACGGUUUUUGCUGACGGCCAGGGGCCCCUCUUUUACCCCUGCGCCGAAGACCCGAACUCGGCUGGCUUCUCCCGCUCGCUCGUUAGCGACGAGGGAGGCGGCUCUGCGCAGAAUCCGCCGCAGAAGAAGAAGGUCUCCCUGCUGGAAUACAGGAAGCGACAGCGCGAAGCUCGCCGCAGCGGCUCCAAGACGGAGUGCAGCUCCCCGGUGUCCAGCGUGCUCCCUUUGAGCAUGGACGGUUUUCCCGUUGUCGCCAUGGAGACCAGCGGCGAGGGCUCCUUACCUCCGCCUCCUCCUCCGCCUCCCCCUCCUUCUUCUGCAGCUCUUGGCAGCGGCAAGGAGCCGCAGACCACGGAGGAGACUGAGAGCUUGGGCGAGAGGGAAGGAGGAGAGGGACAAUGGACGUCCUCCACGUCCGUUGAACAGGCACGGGAACGGAGCUACCACAGAGCUCUGCUGCUCAGUAAAGACAAAGACACAGAUGGUGAAGCAGAAGGAGGUGAUACACCGACAGCAAGGGACUCUCCAUCUCCUGGACUUCAGAAGACCCCGACUCAUGCACCGGGCUCUCCUGGGCCAGUCGGUUCUGUAAUAGCCUGCAGCUGGAAAGAGGAAGACGGCGACGGUCCGCCUCGAAUAGCGAGCCAGACCCUGCAGCUGCCAAAGUCCAAACCGACGGCCGUCACCCCAACCAAGCUGCACCCGCCGCCGCCCUCCUCCCCCGUGCACUACCCGGGGCCGGCCCUCCUCCACGUGCAGCCUCAGGGCUCGCCCUACCGCAGCCAGAGAGCACUCUUCUCCUCCCAGUCCCAAAACCAAACCACAGGCCAGGUCGCGACGCCUUCGUUCGUCCAGUACAAUGCGCAGGCCGCCCCUCCGCCACCGCCGCCCCCUCCCCCGCCGGCGCCGCCCGCCUCCACGGCCUACUUCCCCGCUCAGACUACCUCCCCGGCGGGCCCCUUCCCCGGAUUCAAAGCGGCCGCGACGCCCUCCUACCCUCCGGGCUCUCAGGCCCUGAUGCAGACUCUUCCCCACAACGUGCACUACCAGACCUCGGCCGCCCCGCCUCCACCCCCGCCGCCACCGCCCCCGCACCCCAUGUCCAGCCCCGCCCUGCUGCACGUCAACCUGCAGCCCGCUCCCAUCCAGCAGAUCAUGCUGACAGCCGCCCCGUCGCUGACGCAAGGCCAGCCCUCCGCUCAGCAACAGCCGCCCUUGUCCCUCACCCCACCUCCGCCGCCGCCCCCGCCGCCGCCCAACCCCUCCGGCGGCGCCCAGAUGCAGCCCCACCAUUUUCCGAACUUGUCGGGCUUUCAAACGACAUUGCUCGCCAACCCCUCGGUACCCCCGUCCGCGUACGCCCCGUCCCUUCAGCAGAGCGGACUGCCACCGCCCCCGCCUCCGCCCCCGCAACAGACUCAACCAGGCUCGGCUCCGGCCACCGCCCCUCAGCUGCCGGCUCGCGCGGGCCCUGCCUCCUCGACGGCCUUCCACACUUCGGGUUACCUGAGCACAGGGUGGCACUGAACUCUGCCUCAGCGGGAUUGGGGGACGAGGGUCAGGUUGUAAAGCUGUGGAAAUUUGCAUUCAAUUUCCAUGGGCAAAUUUGGAAAUAUUCCAGGGGUCCUAAUGGGAAUAAGCGAAGAGUUAAGCGAGUGUGCCACUACACCAUCAGCGACUUCAAGUACCUUAUUUCUACACAUAAAAAAAAAUUGAAUUUUGGCUCCCAACACCAACAAUUACAGUUCAUAACUGACGGAAAUGAUAUAGCUCCCGCUUUUCUCGCAUUUCUGGUUUAUUCCCAUGAAUUCCCAUGGAAAUCUUUCCACUUUGAAAAUUCCCAUAAUUUUGCAACCCCAGACACGGGGCACUGUAGAUAUAUUUUCUAUGGCCAGUGGAAAAACAGCUGAUUGUUGGAUAAAAGGGUAUUUAAAUAAGUAAAACAAACAGACUGACAUCAUCUUCUCGACAAACUGUAAAAGAUGGACGACCCCUCGCGGUGCUUUUGGCGCUCUUCUCCUUUUCUACUUCCUUCCUGUGACGAGUUGGGGAGGACUUCACUGUCUCAUUCGGGGCCCUGUUCUGUUGUUCAGCCACACUUUGUUUUGCUGUGGACAUUCCAGCCCCCCCCCCCCCUUCUCUUCCUUUCCUUUCUCCUCUGUCUGUCUGUUGUCUCUGUUCGUUUUCUCUUUAUCUAGCGGCGCGUUAUCGCAUUUGUUUUGUUGAGGAAAAAGUGACUUUUUUUUUUUUCAAAUUCCUCCAUCUGACAUCAGAAGUCUGUUGAGCGCCGCAGAAAAAAGACUGGCGGGCGAUGGCCUCACCACCUUGAAAGUGCCGCACUUGUGUUCACACGUUUGAUGCGGGAUGUGCGCCUCCCGCGCGGGCGGGAUGCUAGAAGUUUAUUUUUUUUCCCCCCAAAAAGGAGCGUUACUUGUAGAAAGUGUAAUUUAAAUGUAUGAUAGGUGGUCACUGCGGCUUUCACCAGGAACACGUUUGUAAAUAGCCGCUUUUUUUUUUUUUCUACGCCUGUACAAUUCGCAGCCAUUGCCUCCCAUUUU